GUCAGCGUCCAGUUCACGCACACUUGUCUUGUCCUUGUCAACAAACGAAGAAGAACAAGAAGAAGAAAAAUAAAACCAAACUUAAGAUGGCACAAGUGGAAAAUUUGGACGAGUGCUCGAAAAUUCUCGAAAAACUUGUUUUAAACGCGGGAGAGGUAAUAUUCCAGGCGAUUGAUAAAGAAAAGAAUGCAGAGAGUAAAGGAAUCGAUUGGGAUUUAGUGACCGAAUAUGAUCGACUAGUGGAAGAAACAUUAGUUCAACAAUUAUUGACACAAUUCCCUCAUCACAAGUUCAUUGGCGAGGAAACAGUGGCCAAGGAAGGACAUUUGCCAGAAUUAACAGACGAUCCAACAUGGAUAAUUGAUCCAAUUGAUGGAACGACAAAUUUUGUUCAUCGUUUUCCGCACACCUGCAUUUCGAUAGCCUUACUCAUUAAAAAAAGAAUUGAAAUCGGCGUCGUUUAUAAUCCAAUUAUUAAACAGUAUUUCUCAGCGAGAAGGGGAAAAGGCGCUUUUCUCAAUGGAAAACAAAUCAGAACAUCUUCCGUGAAAGAAUUAUCACAAGCGUUGGUGGCAAUGGAACCCUGGAUAGCAAAGGACAAGGAGUUCUUAGUCAGUAUUUACCGAAGAAUGCAUUCACUGAUUCAAGGAACCCAUGGAAUAAGAACAUUGGGAACCGCAGCCUUGACGUUAUGUUACGUAGCAAUGGGAGCAGUGGAAGCCUAUCAUGUGGAAAGUAUAGAAGCCUGGGAUGUUGCAGCGGGAAAAUUAAUUAUCGAAGAAGCUGGAGGAAUUAUUCUCGACACGUCAGGAAAAGAAUUGGAUCUUAUGGUCCCUCGAGUAAUUGCAGCGUGUAAUCAACAAAUUGCUAAUCAACUCGUAACUCUUUUUGAAGAAGCUGAUUUACACGAGACAAACAAGUAUCUUUCAUAAAUUUUCUUUUCAAUGCAUUCUUGUAUCAUAUUUUUGUAAAUAUAAAAUAAAUGUAAUUUUCUUAUUAUAAUA